GCUUGAGUGUCUUGAGAAAAGAAAUCAUUCAGUGAAGGUACUUAGACAAAAUUAAAAUUAAGUAAUGAAAAAACUUAUAACAAUUUACAGAUUAUCAACUCGUCAUGUACGGCCACUCUAUAGGAUCAUACAUCCAUCUUGGUGACAUACCAAGUCUGGAUUGUACAUUUCGCAAUUUGUACCUACAGACUACAGUGAUUUUUGUACAUAUUUCGAAUAAUUGUACAAUAUUGCUGUCUGUACAUGACUGCUAAGGAAUACGGAUAAUUGAUAUAAUCAUAUUAUUAAAAAAAAAUCGACGAACCGGCCGGUUUAUUAAAACAUUGAAAAUCAGUCGGAUUGCUGAAAAACACAUCAGUUAUUUAAAACAAAUAUCUAACAGUUACAGCCAAGGUAACUAACUACUAGAUACUACUACGGAGCGAUGUUAAUGGCCUUGUAUUUAAACGACUUGACUAAUGAUGAAAUCUCUAAUAUGACCACGGCCAUGGCGAAUUCGGGCACAACACUCAAGUUUAGAUCGUCCGCAAUCAUCGUGGACAAACACAGCACUGGAGGCGUUGGCGAUAAAGUCUCGAUACCGCUCGUACCUGCACUGAGCGCCGUGCAAGAAGACUUCAUCAUACCUAUGGUGUCGGGCAGGGGACUCGAAUUUACCGGUGGCACGUUAGACAAGCUCGAGAGUAUUCCUGGAUAUUCAGCGUUUAGUUUCGACGACCAACAACUGUUGGCCAUUGGUAAUAAUUUCGGAUGUUUUAUCGUUGGCUCAGAUGAUUUAUCGCCGGCUGAUUCUAUUCUUUACAAAGCUCGAGAUGUCACUGCUACGGUCGACAAUUCUGGAUUAAUUAUAGCAUCUAUAAUAUCUAAAAAAGCAGCUGCUGGUAUUAAAUAUUUAAUACUUGAUUUAAAAGUCGGAACCGCAAGUUUUUUCCAGUCAAUCGACGAAGCUAAAACUUUUGGAAAGCAAUUUGUUAUAGUGGCUAAAUUGAUGGGUAUUGAGUGCCGAGUGUUGAUGACUAGAAUGUCAGCUCCAAUUGGUAAUUAUAUUGGCAAUUCUUUGGAAAUAUUAGAAUCCAUAAAUUGUUUAAAAGGAAAAGGGCCAAGUGAUUUACAAACUCUUCUCGAACUAAUUGGUGGAAAUCUAUUAGAAAUGACUCAUAAAGUAAGUUCGGUUAAUGAAGGUCGUAAGCGGAUGGCCGAGUCGUUAACUAACGGAACAGCUUUAGAAAAGUUUAAACAAAUGUUAAUAGAAUUGAAAGUCAACGAGUGGAUAGCAGAUGAAUUAUGUUAUGGUAAUACAACUGCCAUUUUACCAAUGGCCAAAUAUGAAAUCGAAAUAAAACCUCUAACUUCAGGUUACGUGAAUGAUAUAGAUGGUAUGACUAUUGCUAAAGUUUGUAACAAAUUGGGUGCUGGAAGACAAUUUUCUAAUCAAGAAAUCGAUCCAGCGGUCGGUAUUCGUUUACUUGUAAAAAAAGGCGAUCACGUGGAAAUUGAUACUGUUUGUAUGAUUUUGUAUCACAAUGAGAUUGAUUUAAAUGAAUCACAUUUGAUUUCAUUACAAAAAUCGAUUGAAAUAGUAAAUGAAAUUGUAGAACCGGAAGAUAUUUUGCUAGGAGUAAUUGAUUGUAAUCAAUAGUUGUCAUAAUAAUUUUUAAUUCCAAAUUUUGUUUAGGGUUUAAUUAUAAUAUCAAUAUCUAUUUUUAUAUUUGAUUGAAAAAUAUGAAUUAUUAUUAUAAAUUUUGUUAAUGCUUUUUUAAUAAUUAUCAAUAUUUAAUCAAUAAAAUUACUGAAACAUUGAACUAUUAAAACUUAUAAAAAUUAAAUUUAUUAAAUUACUUAAGACAUUAGGAUCGGUUUAUAACACCAGCAUAGUAUAAUGAAUAUUUUAUACUGGAAAAACGCGUACAAUUAUUAUGUAUUUAUGAUUAAAAUAAAAGCAAUAAUAUUUUGUCUAAGCAUCAACAAUUAAUAAAUUACAAACGCUAGUAAAAUUAUUAAAAAAUAGAUCACAAUUAUUGUAUCAUAUCAUGCAAUGUUUACCAUGAACAUUAUUAAUCUUAAUUUUGUAUAAACGUGAGUUCACCACAGAAUAAUAAAACAAAAUUACUAUCGUAGUUCUUUUUUCAGUUUAUCUAUAACUCGUAUAUUUUUAAUUAAAUUAAACGGGGGAAAACAUAGAAGUAUAUUAAAGAGAAUAAAAAUAUUUUAUUUUCGGGUUAAAAUAAUGUUAUGUUUUAUGGCAAUUUUUUUUUUUUUUAAGAAGAAAAUAUUUCCUAUAUGUAUUAUACACAAAUAAUGAACAACUUUGUUGUCAAAAGAAAUAUAAUACUCGAACGAUUGAAUUAAGGGAACUUACAGUGACACUAUUUCAGAAGUUAGUCAUUUAAAAUUCAAAAAUACUUGAUUACGUACUCUAUCCAGUGAGAAAACGUUUCACAUGCCGAUAAAAAUCGGUUCUUUGCAUAUCGGCAAUAUAACUGAGGGUAAGCGCAGAAUUGGCACAUUCUCAGGUUGAGCUGCAGAGUAGGUAACUACUACUUAGACUGUCUACACUACCCAAGUCAUCCAACGUUUUUUUUUCAUGUUGUUUUAUUUAAGUAUAUAAAAUAGUUUUUUAAUUAACUUUAAAUGCUUUUAACAUAUAUUGUAUACCUAUCUUUAUAUUUUUUAUAUUUUUAAGUAACUAUUAUACAAUAACAACUUAUGCAAAACUUGCAAGUUGUAUAGGUAUUACUUUUAAGCUAUUUGAUCCAUCGAAAAUUGUUAUCAAUGUUGAUUGAAAUAAAACUGUAUAAAAUCAUUA